UCAGGCCAACAGCUCCAGCACGGCAGACCUGCUCCGUUCCAUCGGUCUCGUCCUGCAUCUUCCUCCGCGCUUCUUCUUCUCUCUCCGUCUCUUGAAUCCCACCGCCUCUCCGCCCGCCUUCACCACUCAUCCCCGUGCUCCGUCACUCCGGUUUGCGUCCAUCGUGCGAUUGAUUGCUCCCGCCAGAUCCCCCGCACUCGUACCACUGCACAAGCACAGACGGAGGAGACGACGCUGCCGGCCCACCCUCGCUAAACGAGCAGUAAUCACGGGCUGAGCUGCUCCAUCGUCGGCUUGGAAUCCUCGGUCACUGCAAGAGAGACGCUGAUUGGGGCGGACGAGACGACCCAAUGCGGACGGCAGACUCGUGAAAAAGGGCCUUUUCUUAUCGACGAACAACCUCGCUCUGUCACCGACCCAAAGCCAGCCGUCGAUUUGUUCCGUCUUUUUCUCUCUGCUACUCACCAAACCAUCGGACUCUGGUCCCUCCUACAUGUCUCUCGCGGCCGGCGAGGAUGUACCUACACAGUCGGACGGCGCCACGUGCUGAUGGCAGCGCUCGCCUGGCGCAAUCGGCUCGCCACGUUCACAAGCUGCAGCGGCGAGGCCUCAGCGGUAGCAUCAUAGGCGCUAUAUUAUUAGGCGUCGUCAUCUUCAUCAUUGUUCUGGUUCUCAUCAUCGGAUACAUCAAGCGAAGGAAAAACAACAAAAAAGCCAAGUACGAGCGAGCUCACGCAGACGACACCACCGAGGUAGCCUCCGCCACGCAGACCAUCCGUGCAGUCAACGCCUCGACCAACUCAAGAACGGGUCGAUCUACCCAGCCUCCCGCCGCGUCGUCAAAUCGCAACAAUGCCGCCGCCGCUGGCACCGUGGAUCGCAACACCUCGGUCCGCUCCGUCAUGACCCUGCCGGCCUACCGCCAGAUGGCUUCGCACAACGAACAGGUUCUGGGGCGAGAGGGCGAGCGAGAUGGCAUCGAUGUCAUUGUCGACUUGCCCACAGAGGAGGAGCUGGAAGCGCUGCGCGACGAAGAGAUGGAGAGCAUGUAUCAGAUCCGGCUUGCCCGGCGGCAGAUGAUUGAGGAACAGCAGCAGAGGAGGGCCGCACGCGAGGAGGCUCGACGGCGAGGCGACACGGCAGCCCUGGCCGAGCUCCGGGCCCGCGCCCGCGCCGCGAGCAACAACAACAGCACCAUCGAGGAGCUCCGCCGGGAAAUGGAGCGGGCCAAGGAAAACAGGAACCUGUCCGUGUCGAGCGUGUCUUAUGCGGACGUUGGACUGGCCCGCCACGACGGCACGCGCAUCCGCGCCAACAGCACCGACAGCGAGCGCAUGGGCCUGCUUUCGGACUCUGCGAGCAUUGGAAUGACAGAGGUGCGGCCUCACUCUCUGGCGCACAACCGCGGAAUGAGCGGCAGCUCCGUCAUCAGCAUGGACAGCGGCUUCGCCUCGCCCGCGCUGACCCGACGGUCGGGAGACUCGCACACCAACACGCCCGGCCAACCUCCCAGCGAGGCCAGGGCGGGAUCGAGCCCCGAGCUUGUCGAGGCAGAUUUGGGCGAGGAAGCGAUGCCGCCGCCGGGCUACGAGGACGUUUCCCUGGCCGACGAUGACGACUUCCGCGACCGGUCGAUGUCGCAGAUACACGAGCCGCCGCCCGAGUACCCGGGGUCUCAUCGAUCGAAUUCGCAGCGAGGGCAGACGUCGCCGUCCCUCGUGUCGGCCUCGAGCGAGGGGGAUCCGGGAGAGGGUGCGCUGCGGCCGGCCGGCGGCGGCGUCGGCGUCGGCGGCAUCCCUCGGCUGCCGAGUCUGAGGAUCAGCGAGCUCCCUGCGAUUGUGGUGGAGCCGUCAAGCGCGCAGCCGCCGGACCAUGAGCACGAGGCUGAGGCUGAGGCUGAGCGAAGACUGUAA